AUGGCCCCAAAGCCCACGGUGAUCGGCAUAUAUGGCCUGCCAGGCUCAGGCAAAUCCUUCCAGAUGGGCAAACUGAAGCAGAACCUUGAACGGCAUGCCUUUGACUACUACGAAGGCUCCGACAAGAUCGCCUCGCUUGUUGAUGGGGGACUUUCGGGCUUCCAGCGUCUGGGCGAGCAAGAACAGCAUUACUGGCGACAGCAAGCGAUCAACGACAUUGCACAUGAUUGUGCCAGCAAAACCCGGUCGGCGAUUGUCACGGGCCACUUUAUGUUCUGGGAAGAAGGCGAGGACAGCGGCCAUCCGGUCUACACCAUGGCUGAUAUGAAUUCCUUUACGCACAUCAUUUAUCUAGAUGUCCCAACACAUACUCUAGCUAAACGACGACUGAACGACCCUCUCAAAAAUCGGUCCGUCACUUCAAUCGACCACCUGCAGAAAUGGCAAGCGGCCGAGAUCUCAUACAUGCGCCAUCUCUGUCGCCACCACCGAAUCCUGUUCCUAGCUCUACCUGAUGCCCUUCAACUGCCCACUCGGGUUUCAGAGUUAGUGUGCCGCUUCAGUCAAUAUACUGCAGAGUCGAACUGGUCACUGGUCAAAGCGCAUCUGGACGACACCACGGACAACAAAAGCUUCCAAACAGCACUGGUCAUUGAUGGGGACAAGACUCUAGCACCUUUUGACACCGGAUCUUUGUUUUGGAAGGCGUAUGCUGAGGCAAGAUCAAAGGUCGUGGGUCCAUGUCCACUGAAGGAGCUCUUCAGUGGUCCACUGGGAUACUCUGACACUGCCUUCUUCCAGGCAAUGCUGCUCUACGAGGAAGCAGCCGGCGACGACGCUUUCUUUGAAGGUCUCUGUGACACUGUGGCGUCGUCGGUCCAGAUGUACGAUGAUUUUGUCUCUCUGUUGCGAUCUGUAGAGUCCAAGGAGCACAUACUCUCCAUUGUGGUGACCUGCGGUCUUCGCCGAGUCUGGGAGAAGAUACUACGAAAGCAGGGCUUGUCAUCCACGAUCUGUGUCCUCGGCGGGGGAAGGGCGAAAGACAAAUUUAUCAUCACCCCAGCAGCCAAGGCAUCUCUCGUGACUCACCUGCGACAAGAGAUGAAAGUUCACGUCUGGGCAUUUGGAGACAGCCCUUUGGAUCUUCCCAUGUUGGAGGCUGCGGACAAGGCAGUCGUCGUGGUUGGAGAUGAUAGCAUUAGAAGCCGCAGUAUGGAAAACGCGCUGGUUAUCGCCAUGGAACAGAGAGGCUUUCAAGCACAACAAGUCUUACUCCCAAGUCAUGUCACGCCACGGUUGGAUUUCGGAAGGCUUCCUCGGAUGUAUCUCAGUCACGACAUGUUCUCCCCUCCUGGCCAAGCUCGAGAAACCGAUCAGAAAGACGGCUGCAAUGUCUUUGCUAUCAACAUCCUGCACGCUACCUAUAAGGAUGCCACAAAGAUUCUAAUGACGCCCACCCGGGAUGCGUCAGUCUACGGGGCGACCCUCAGGGCAGCUCAUCAGCGGAUUGGUCAGUAUCUGGCGACCGAGUUCUUGCCUGCUCUCCUUGGGACAGAAGAGUAUGCGAUUCCUCAUGUACAAGGUCAUGACACGAGCGGCUAUCGGAUUCGCAACGAGUCACGAACCUCUUUGAUUGCACUCAUGCGUGGCGGAGAACCAUUGGCUCUCGGCGUCAGCGAUAUGUUGGCUCGCGCAAUGUUCGUCCACGCCACCUCGCCAGCGGAUGUCAAGCAUGACCACGUCCAAGGCCAAGCAACCGUCGUUCUGGUCGAUUCAGUCAUCAAUACUGGGAAGACGCUCAUCCAAUUCAUUGAACGUGUUCGUCUAUUGCAAGUCAAUGUGCGUAUCGUUGUGAUAGCGGCGGUGGUCCAGAUGGAAGCUAUUGCAAAUGGGAGCAACCUCGCCACAGUCAUGAAGAUCAACGAUGUUGCGCUAAUCACGUUGCGUCUAUCCAAGAAUAAGUUCACCGGCACCAAGACAACUGAUACCGGUAAUCGUCUUUUCAACACUACCCAUCUAGUUUGA